AUACAAUCUUCCACUCACCCCAUCUCUACGAACCACACCACUCCGAUCGAAUCACCCUCCCCACGCGACCAUGCCUCCGCCGCGACCCAAGAAGAUGACCGCGCAGCCGGUGCGCACGCGCCACUUCGCAGGCAAGCCCGGCGCCGCCGAAGUCGAGGAGCCGUCCAGCGCAGAGGAUUCCGAGUCGGAGGAGGAGCAGCAGCAACAGAAGCCGUUGCCAUUUGUCAAGCCGAAGCCUAAACCAUUGGCUUCUUCGUUUCCUAAGGGCGCGCUCAAAUCGAGUCUGGCGUCGCGACAACGAUCGGAGGAGGAGAGGAAACGGUUGGAAGAGGAGUUCGAGACGGAGAGUGAGGAGGAAUCGGGGGAAUCGGGUAGUGAGAGCGAGAGUGGGAGCGGGAGUGACGAGGAGGAGGAUUCGGAGGAGGAGUCGAGUAGUGAGGAAGAGUCACGGCCGAAACUUAUACGCCCAGUCUUCAUAAAAAAGAGUGAUCGGGGGAAGGCUGCUGCGCCUGCAAAGACGGCGGACCAGCUGGCGGAAGCGGAGGAGCAGCGCAAGCAAGAGCAGACAAGAGCUCUCGUGCAGGAACAGAUCGAUCAGCGCGCAGCUGAGAAAGCAAAGGGCAAGAAAGAUUGGGAUGAUGAUAUAGAGGAGGAUGACAUCAACGGCGUUGACGAUACGGAUGGUGUCGAUCCCGAAGCCGAAUACGCCGCCUGGAAACUGCGAGAGCUGAUGCGAAUCAAGCGAGAACGCGCUGCUAUAGAAGAGGCAGAAGCUGAACGUGCCGAGAUCGAACGCCGACGAAACCUCACGGAGGCCGAGAGGGAAGCAGAGGAUCGCGAGUUCAUUGAAAAGCAAAAGGACGAGCGUGGAGAUCGAGGUCAGAUGCAGUACAUGCAAAAGUACUUCCACAAGGGCGCUUUCUUCUCCGAGGAGCUGAAAGACAUGGGCAUCGACAAGCGGAACGUCAUGGGAGCUACAUUCGAAGACAGCACGAACAGAGAAGUUCUGCCAGAGUACAUGCAGAUUCGAGACAUGACGAAGCUCGGAAAGAAGGGCAGGACGCGGUACAGAGACAUGAAGAGCGAGGACACGGGACGAUGGGGCGAUUUUGGGGAUGACAGGCGGCCACGCGAUAAGAGUGAGUUCGGACUAGACGAAAGGUUUCGUUCGGACUCAUAUCGCAACGGUGGACGAGAUGGACAAGAUAGAGGCGCAACCGGUGCGAAUGCGAAGCCGCUGGGCGACCGUAAGAGAUUUGGCGAUGAUAAUGGGAGAGAUAGUAAGCGGCCACGAGUGGACGACCGCUGAACUGGCAUUUUUGAUGCAUCUAUGGAUGCCAUGGAGUUUUCGAGCAUUUCCUGGAGUCAUUGGGCUAUACUAAGCCAGCAUUUUCCUGCACCAGCCAACGUCGUUGCUGAGAUUGAUACCAAAAAACUGUAAUCAUCUUCCUUACUUUGCUCGCAACCUCAAUCUACC